UCUCCGCAGCCUAUCACAUAUCCGCUGCAAAUGCGUAGAUCCCUCACUUUCUUCAGUCGCGAGGAAUCUUGUGCAGAGAUUUUGAACUCUUUUCUCAUCCAGCAGCCGCACGUUUCUCCACAGCAGCAACAAUCACUCUCGUGCCUCACCUUUGCCACACCUUUAAUGGGGUCUUUCACACCUCUGGAGGAAAAUGCCUGUUAUGAAAGGAUUAUUAGCGCCUCAAAACACAUUUCUGGACACUAUUGCGACACGUUUUGACGGCACACACAGUAACUUCAUUCUGGCAAAUGCUCAGGUGUCCAAGGGCUUCCCGAUCGUGUACUGCUCCGAUGGUUUCUGUGAGCUAACAGGCUUUGCGCGCAGUGAGGUGAUGCAGAAGAGCUGUGCAUGUAAGUUCCUGUGCGGAAGGGACACCAGUGAACAGAUGAUCCUCAGCAUUGAUACUGCACUUGAGGAACGAAAAGAAUUCAAGGGGGAGAUAACAUUUUACAAGAAGAGUGCUGAUUUAUUCUGGUGCCUCCUGGACAUAGUUCCUAUUAAAAAUGAGAAAGGAGAUGUGGUCCUCUUCUUGGCAUCUUUUAAGGACAUCACAGACACAAAGGACAAGAUAAUCCCUGAGGGUAAGAGGGAAGGGAAGAACAAAGGCAAAGUCAAAACAGGGCCUCCCCUUAGUUCUGCCAGAAAUCGCAGCCGGACUGUCUUGUACCAGAUCUCUGGACAUCUGCACAGUCGGCAGAAGAAGAGCAAAAUAAAGCUGAACAAGAAUGUGUUUGGAGAUCUGCCGGCUCUUCCAGAGUACAAGGUCGCAGAUGCAAAGAAAUCAAAAUUCAUCCUGCUGCACUACAGUACCUUCAAAGCAGGCUGGGACUGGCUGAUCCUACUGGCCACAUUUUACGUGGCUGUGACAGUACCAUACAACGUGUGCUUCAUUGGAGAUGAUGACGACCUCACAAGGAGCACCACCGUCAGCGACAUUGCUGUAGAGAUUCUUUUCAUUAUUGAUAUUGUUUUCAGUUUUCGUACGACCUAUGUAAGCCAAUCAGGACAAGUUAUCUUUGAUGCUAAAUUAAUUUGCAUCCAUUAUAUGACCACAUGGUUCAUCAUUGACCUUGUGGCCGCCCUUCCAUUUGACCUUCUCUAUGCCUUUAAAGUCAGUGUGGUGUCAGUGGUCCAUCUUCUGAAGACAGUACGUCUGCUUCGCCUGCUGCGGCUGCUGCAGAAGAUGGACCGCUACUCCCAGCACAGCACGGUGGUGCUGACCCUGCUCAUGUCCAUGUUCGCUCUGCUGGCCCACUGGAUGGCCUGCAUCUGGUAUGUCAUUGGCAAGAAGGAGAUGGAGGCCAACGCAUUCUCCUGGGACAUUGGUUGGCUCCAGGAGCUGGGGAAACGCCUGGAGUCUCCGUACGUCAGUGGGAACAGCACGGCUGGCCCGCCCAUCCGGAGCGUCUACAUCACCUCACUCUACUUCACCCUCAGCAGCCUCACCAGCGUGGGCUUCGGCAAUGUCUCCGCCAACACAGACGCUGAGAAGAUCUUCUCCAUAUGCACCAUGCUCAUUGGAGCCUUGAUGCAUGCCCUUGUGUUCGGGAACGUGACGGCCAUCAUCCAGCGCAUGUACUCCCGCUGGUCCCUCUACCACACCCGCACCAAAGACCUGAAGGACUUCAUCAGGGUCCACCACCUACCCCAGCAGCUCAAGCAGAGGAUGCUGGAGUACUUCCAGACAAUCUGGUCCGUCAACAAUGGGAUCGACUGCAACGAACUGCUGAAAGACUUCCCUGAUGAGCUGCGCUCUGAUAUCACCAUGCACCUCAAUAAGGAGAUCCUGCAGCUCUCGCUGUUUGAGUCAGCCAGCAGGGGGUGCCUGCGAGCCCUCUCGCUCCACAUUAAGACCUCCUUCUGCGCCCCCGGCGAGUACCUGCUGCGGCAGGGCGACGCCCUGCAAGCCAUCUUCUUCGUCUGUUCGGGCUCCAUGGAGGUGCUGAAGGACGGGAUGGUGCUCGCUAUCCUGGGAAAAGGAGAUCUCAUUGGAGCAAACCUGUCUAUCCAUGACAGAGCUAUCAAGACAAAGGCAGAUGUGAAGGCACUGACCUACUGCGACCUCCAGUGCAUUAGUUUGAAGGGACUGUAUGAGGUGCUCGACCUUUACCCUGAAUACUCCCACAAAUUUGUGGAGGAUAUCCAGCAGGACCUCACUUACAACCUGCGAGAAGGACAGGGGAAUGACGUAUCCUCAAGAUUGUCCUACAAGGCACCAGGACCAGGAUCACAGGGGGAGGGAAAAGGUAACGGACGCAUCUCCCGGUGCUACCCUUCAAUUAUAGAAGACCAUGAAGAGGAGAAGGAAGGUGUGCCUGUAUCCUUUCUGGAUCGGGACAAGGACAAAGACAGGGUUCUCUACCUGAGGGAUUCAUCCACACAGAAGACCCCACCUGCUCUUGGCUCCUCCCAAAAGGAAUAUGACCCCAACCAGAACACAGGGACAGACAGUAAGACCAGGAAGCCGGAAAAGAAACUGAAGCCCCAUCUCUCUACUGACGGCAGUCUUGGCCCUAAAGACCUCAGGAUUGUGGAUGGUACAGAGGACUGUGCUGUUAUGGACAGACAGUCUGCAUCCUUUGAGUUCUCCCAGCAUCAGCUACACCAUUCUGCCACCACUGCAGAUUUCCUUCAGAUUAGUACAGAAGAAUUAACAGCAAAGACUGAGGAAACAAGAGGACAGUUGCUUCAGCUGAACCACGAGGUCAGAAUGUUGAGUAAGGAUGUCUCCGAGCUGGGUCAAGGCAUGAAGAAUUUGAUGUUCCUACUGGAAGAGUUUUUCUCUGGCCACAACACCACAGCAUUCUGCAACGCCCACUCAUCAGACACCUGCCCUACCCAUGUGACCCAGGCAGCCCCUCCCCUGCCUCCUUCCUGCUUGCAAUUUCAGCAGGACAGAGCACAGUUCUUCCAGGCCUCCACCUCAGUCCAGGCCACAAACUCUCCACAGUGCUCUACCAGACCUAGAACUGUCCCAUCUUCACAGAGACCUCCACAGCUUCACCUGGUUCACACUUCAUCCACUCCGGUGGAGGCACCUCAGUCUGCUGCCUCUGUCCCACCUCCGUGUGGCUUUAUGCAAUCUGUCCAGUGUACGUUCCCUCAGAGGGAUGCACACACGGCCACCUCACAGUCUCCUCCUGCUGCCUCGUGGACGCUACCUUUCAGGGGUGGACUCGCUGGCUUUCUGCGGUCUCAUAGCCUGGAGAACACCUCUGUUUCUUCUGAAGCAAAGCCAUCCACCUCUUUACAGAGACUGAGAAGUCUGCCUCAGGAAAUCCUACUGUCUCCCAGGGAUGCCGAAAUGGAGAGAGCCGCAGAUUCAUAGCGAGUGGAGGAGGCCGGGCGCAGCAGGUUUCGCUUUUCCUUGGAAGCCUGGUCUGUCCGACUCUGACAGCGUUACUCUGACAUUUCAAACGCAUGUUAAACAGGGUUACCGCUAUAGCUUUACGUUAUAGAGAUGUUUCUUUCUGCAUGGGUAGUAUAAAGGACGUCGACCUGACACUGCAUCUGCAGCUGCCAGGAGGCAGGGAGGAGCAGAGCAGAAGAACCCCUCCAAUGAGAGCGGCUGUUGUGUGAUUUUGAGCCAAGGGGGUUAUUGAUGCCUGCUCUUCAGCUUCCUGAUCCAGGGGGGGGGCGGCAGGGUAGGUAACAAAGCACCGGGUGCGAUUUGUGACAUUGAGGUGUUGAGUGAGGAAACCAUUGCAUGCCACUUUCUAGACAAUCAGAGGAUGAAUUGGAUGAGUAGGCUAAUAUUUAAUCCUUGCAUGACACUCUUAUGUAAACUAAGAUCUAAUCAAUUUGCAAAAGGAUGAUGGUUUUUGUUAAUAUUUGCACUAGUUCUUGUUUAACAGGACAUGAAUAAAACAGAAAUUAUCCCUGCUCUAUGAAUGAGAUUGAAAGGUAAUAUUUUACAUGUUCAGCACAAUAUAAAAGGCUAUAUUUUCUGUUUACACUUACAUUAGAACAAAUACAUCAAACAAAUGUGCACUCCCCAGAUCUUAGACGUUUCAUGUAAACAAUUUUAUGUGAAAUAAUAUGGUCUGAACUUUUAUCUAUAAAUAACCUUUUAUUUAAUAUUACCUAAGAUAUCUGAACUGCCACUUUUCAGAGAAUAUAAAUCAUAUGGAUCUACUGCUUAAAAGGUCAUAUGGUAGCUUACACCUAAUAUGCUUACAUGGAAUGUACUUUUUAUUCAUUGAUACAUUUUAUUAAAUGAAUUAAUAACAAAUAA